CACAGAAGAAGUCCAAAAACCAGGAAGUACACACUGGAACAAAAUUUGACAGAAAUUUUUAGGAGACUAAAGUAGCUUAGUAGUGGCUUUUGUGGAUUGAUUCUGAUAAACUUGUUCUCAGCUUUUUACCUUUUAUUGCAUUUGAUCUCGAUAUAUUGCUGGAAACGUGUGACAAUCAGCAAUGGCAGAACCAAACAUAGAUGGUAAACUAGCUGAGGAGUUUGCUGUGCCCGCCCAUGCUGAGGAAGUGAAGGAACGAAUGACUGAGUUUGCCCAUUACCAUGCCUCAGAGGGUCGCAGGGUGGUUGUGAUAACAUCAGGGGGCACCAAAGUCCCUCUCGAGUCCCGCACUGUCCGAUUUCUGGACAAUUUCAGCAGUGGGCGGAGAGGAGCAUCUUCUGCAGAGUACUUCAUAGAAGCUGGAUAUGCAGUUAUUUUCCUACACAGGCACCGCUCUUUGUACCCAUAUACCCGAAUGUUCUCAACCAUAAACAUGCUGGAUGCACUGCAGCUCAAGGGGGGUCAAGGAGGGGAGGUGGUGGUCAGUCAGGUGGUGCUUCCCAAUAUUGCCAAAGUGCUAAAACGUUAUCAGGAAGUGAAAGAAAGCAGACUACUUCUGCCCAUAGAGUUCAGCGCACUGUCAGAGUACCUGCAUCUCCUCAAAGCUGCAGCACAGGCCCUCAGCUCUAUAGGUUCCAAGGCCAUGUUUUAUUUGGCUGCUGCAGUUUCUGAUUUCUAUAUCCCAGCAUCAGAGAUGCCUGAACACAAAAUUCAGUCUUCAAAUGGGCCACUACAGCUCAGUUUAAACAUGGUCCCUAAGAUCUUGUCUCCACUGGUUAAGGACUGGGCCCCUCAAGCUUUCGUCAUUUCCUUUAAACUGGAGACCGACGCCUCCAUUCUCCUGGACAAAGCCAAAAGGGCCCUAGACACAUACAGGCACCAGGCUGUAGUGGCCAAUGUGCUGGACUCCCGGAGGGGGUACGUCGUUGUGGUAACCAGGGACACUCAGGUGGAGCUCCUUUUAUCAGAUGAAGAUGUGAAAAACAACAUUGAGAUUGAGGAGAGGAUAGUGAGUAACUUGACAUUGGCACACAAAAGAUUUAUAGACCAGGAAAAAGUCUGAGGGGCCAAAAGAACUGCAUGUUGGUAUAAAAUGUAAAUUCACUGGCCAUAUUAUUAGAUACACCUCUUCUUCUGAUUUUAAUCCAACAAUUAAAAUAGAACAUGGCACUCAGGCAUUGUAUCUAGGGAUAAAGGGAUUAAGAUACAGGUGUGAAAGUAGCAAUUGCACUUAGGGCAUAUGAAGAGCAAAGUGAUGAUUUUGAUCUGUAAAUGAAUGGUUAAAUUCUGACCUCAUUAAAUUUGAUAAGCCCACAAGAAUUAAUCAGAGAUACAGAUUUCUGUUACUAUCACAUCCUCUCCACUUUCUUCUAACAGACUUCAACAAUCUUCUUCUUAUUAAUAUAUUAUGCAACUGGCAUAAUUAAUAAAAUGUCCAGUUUGUUUAUGUACCCUUUGCUUUACCCAGGCUUUGGCUUGUCUUUACCUGUAAGUUAAAUACAUUUUUGCCUUUCCUACUGCAUACAGUAAAUAAACUUAACAGAUGCCUUUUUAAAGAUUACUUUCUUGUAAAUGUGAGAAGAACCUUAUCUUUAUGACUGUAAACAAUCUUAUGUUUGAUAAUAUAGAAUAAAUAAGACUACAACAAGA